AUUUUGCAUAGCGGAAGGCCAGCCCCGGAUUCCGCUGUUGUCCGCGGUCAGAUUUCCGCCUUAUUCCGCGUUCCCCGCACUUCUUCCCCGGAUCGUCUGGGGUGAGGUCGUUGGGAGUGGUAGAGGGAGUGAUGGAGACGGCUUGAUUUAGAGAUAAGGGUCUUCUUCGACUUCUUUGCUAGGGUAGUUGGUAUACCAGAAGGGAGAGCUUUGGUCAACGCCCUUCGUUAUAAGGAUAUAUGUUUUGAGAAGCGAGCAGCUGUCAACAAGCGCUGAACUAUACAAUCCCAAACAGUCUAAAACAGGAAACAGACAACAUGCCGGCCACCAAUUUCUCAACACCCGAUCCAUAUAAGUAUAAUAACGGUUUCGGGUCAUAUCAUGAAUCCGAGGCUGUGGAAGGUGCUCUGCCAGUAGGCCAGAAUUCACCCCAGAAGGCCCCAUAUGGGCUGUACACAGAAAAGCUCUCCGGAACUGCUUUCACGGCUCCCCGCCAUGAAAACAAGCAGACAUGGGUCUAUCGGAUCUUGCCCGCUGCGGCGCAUGAGAACUUUCAGGCCGUAGACGCGGAUACGUACCACACCCAUAUGACUACGGAAACUGGCAAGCUUCAUCAGAUUCCAAACCAACUGCGAUGGGAUCCAUUUGAUAUCGACGAGACGGUUGACUGGGUGCAUGGACUUCACCUCGUUGCUGGCGCUGGUGACCCCACGAUGAAGAGCGGACUGGGAAUUCUCUGCUAUGCGGCAGGAAAGGAUAUGGGCGACGAGGCAUUUUACUCUGCAGAUGGUGAUUUCCUGAUUGUGCCACAGCAUGGUGUUUUAGAUAUCCAGACUGAGCUUGGAAAGAUUCUGGUUCGUCCGAAUGAGAUUUGUGUUAUUCCAAGAGGAGUGAGAUACCGCGUCAAGCUUCCCAAUGGCCCUGUUAGAGGCUACAUUUGUGAACUCUACCAAGGCCAUUACCAAUUGCCUGAGCUGGGCCCUGUUGGGUCCAAUUGUCUCGCCAACACGCGUGACUUCCAAGCUCCUGUUGCAGCCUUUGAUGAUGACGAAGAGAACCCGAAUGCACCCAAGGAAUACCGCAUCCUGAGCAAAUUCAACAACUCCCUCUUUUCUGCCCGACAGGACCACACUCCCUUCGACGUCGUCGCCUGGCACGGUAACUACUACCCUUACAAGUACGACCUCGGCCGCUUCAACCCCGUCGGAUCCAUCUCCUUCGACCACCCUGAUCCAUCCAUAUUUACCGUCCUCACUGGACCAUCUGACCAUGUCGGAACCGCCAUUGCUGACUUUGUCAUCUUCCCGCCCCGCUGGCUCGUGGCCGAGAACACGUUUCGUCCCCCGUGGUACCAUCGUAAUAUCAUGUCUGAGUUCAUGGGCUUGAUUUCAGGUGAUUAUGAUGCCAAGACUGGUGGUGGUUUCAAGCCGGCCGGAGCCAGUCUGCAUAAUAUCAUGAGCGCACAUGGUCCGGAUAUGGAUGCGUUUGAGAAGGCGAGUAAUGCAGAGCUGAAACCGCAGAAGAUUGGAGAGGGAAGCUUGGCAUUUAUGUUUGAGAGCUGUCUGAUGGUUGGUGUUUCCGAAUGGGGUCUCAAGACAUGCAAGAAGGUCCAGAAGAAGUAUAACGAGGAGAGCUGGCAGCCACUCAAGAGACAUUUCAAGAAUCCGAAGAAGAGCACUUAAGUAUCUAACCAGUUUUCUGUAAGUUCCCUUGCAGGAGCGAUAUAGCCAGGAUGUGAAGUAUGAAAUUAUGUG